AUGCGGGGCGGGGCAGGGCGGGGGCGGGGCGGGCAGACGCGCGUGCGCGCGGCGCGCUGCGGCGGAGCCGCUCCUCUCCUCCCCUCCUCCCCUACCCCUCCCGCCUCUCCUCGCGCCAUCCCGCUGCGCGCGUCACCGCCCACGCACACGCCGCAGCCUCCCUCCCCGCCCCGUCCCGCCACGCCCCGCCCCGCCGCCACGCCCAACGCUGCGCCGCUGGCAGGCCCGGGGCCUGGCGGUCGCGAGCGAAUUUCGCCCAAGAGCCGCAUAAGCAACACUCGGGCAACGCGGCAACGAGGGCCUAUUCACAAACUGUCUGGAAGACCUCAUUCAUCGAAGGGACCUAUGCACCACCUGCUGAAACUAAAACCCAUUCUAAUUGAAGACGAUGCAAGUACAUUACUUCGGCCCAACAAAACCUGGCGGCGUUGGGACCUUCCGAACGGGGUGCAGCAGCAGGGAAGGAAGGGUCGAGGUGAUGGCGUGCAUACACUAGCGCCGCCCGCGGCGACGAAGUUGCGGGCGGAAGCGGAGGCGAUGGCAGGCUGGGACUCGGGUCGCGAACGACGAGGGGGGGCAAGCAAGCCAAGGACGGCGACAGAGACAGCGGCGGUGCGUGGUUUUGCCGGGGGACGACGGCUGGCCGGCGCCGGCGGUGCGAAAGGGAGGGGCGGAGCGGGGCGACCAGCGGGCGGUGGGGAGUGCCGCGGGGCGCCGAGCGGGCUGGCGGCGCCAGCUCGGCCGGGCCCCGAGGCUGAGCUCGCAGCGAGGCAGCCAGCUCUGGCAGCCAUUGCGGAAAUCGCCGCUCGUAGAUGCACGUUCCGCUCGGGUCGAUCUCUGUCUCCGGCUCCGCCGGCGCAAGAUGCUGCUUGGCCCGUGUUGGUGCUGUCACUCGCCCUCUACUGCCCAGGUUGGUUGGUUGGUGUUGUGGGUGUGCUGUGUGUGUCGUGUCGUGUCGGCCAAUGUAUUUACUACCUUCGAAAGCUUGAGCUUGCAUCGUCGCCAUUUUUGUACAAUAUAAAUGCAUACUGUGGAACGCAGGUGGUUUUGGAAAAAUUUUCGCCAAUGAAAAGUGGCAAGCCUGGAAUUUUAUGUAUUUUCGUUGGAGGUUCGUAUUUGUCUGCUGCGUGUGUUGUUAUUCGUUUUGCUCUUUUGAGUAAACUGUUAGUUGAUUUGGGGCAAUGUAAUCCCCCCUGUAAAUGUAUGUAUGUGUAUAUAUGUAAUAUGCAGACUUCGACCAAAGCCCGCAGGUUUGCGGCUCAGCAUCGCACCGGGUUCAAAGUAAGUUGUCGUGUCCGGAGGCCCUUGCGCCAUCACGUGAUGGUGGAGGAGAGGACCGGUCAUGUGACCGGCGGCCGUUGGGAGGCGGCGCGGCGCGGCGUGGCGCGGGGCACGGCAACAGGUGCCCACUGCCGCCUGUCACGCCGCAUUUGUUCGCGGGUCUCCCCGGCGCGCAGUUUGCCGGUGGCGGCAGGGGCGUGCGUGUUGUUUGUGGGAGAGCCGCACUCGUCCUCGCGGCAUGCAAGGCCCAAUGUGGAGGCAAACUUAAGGUGCUAUGACUGCCUGUCGAAAUCGUUUGCAGACUGCGCCGACGAUUCGAAAAUGGAGUUGUUUGAUAAGGUAGAUUGCCAGAGAGAUGAGAAUUUAUGCAGCGUACUAAUAAUGAGAGCGCCACGCCCACCCCGUGCGCACAAGGCGACACUCUUGUUUCUCGCUCCUCGCAACUGCAUCGCCUUUGCUUGUGUCAUCUCCGCCGUUUCGCAGAAGCCUCGGCGCAAACAAGGGCAUUUCAAUUACGCCGCGGGAAACUUCUGUAUCCCAUUGCGAGCGGGCGUCUGUCCUCUCGCUUCAUCCCGCCGUCCCCGCCGCCGCCUUCGCGAGUCUCUUCACAGCAGUCGCCACCUCUGCCUACUCCGCCCCCUUCGCAUCUACUCUACUACCCUACCCACAUACUCUAAUUAUGCUUCUCCAUUCACCAAUUUAUCCCGCUUCGGCCCUCAUCUCCUCAUCCGCGUUUUGCUACCGCUUUCUUCGCUCUGCUUGACACCGCCCCGCCCCCUUUGUAGCCGCCGCCAAGGAGCGCUGCCGCCACGCCACGCCACGCCACUCUCCGCCACGCCACUCUCCGCCACGCCACUCUCCGCCACGCCACUCUCCGCCACGCCACUCUCCGCCACGCCACUCUCCGCCACGCCACGCCACGCACCGCACCGCUCUUCUUACCUCCCGGGAGUUGCCUCUUUUGCAAUGGAAAUGAUCUACCCAAGUCGCAGGGAUUGUAUAGAGUUUCUUGUGUUGAUUGCCUCCCUGCACCCUCCAUCACAGUCUGUCGCGGAAAUAUGA